AUGUCUGAGAACAAGGCCCCCAAGACGGGCGCGUCUGAGCUUGCCGAGAACGGCACCACCGCCCAGAGCUCCUCCGCAAACGACGAGAAUUCUCAGCCCGAGAAGCUCUACUACACUGGGCGUCAGACCAUGAUCUUGAUGCGACUCGAAGUAGACGCGUGUGGUUCCAUGAGCGUCGAGAAAUCAGACUACCCUCCUCCCACCCUCACGCGCGACGAGAUGGAGGCCAUCAACAAAAUGGAGUGGUCGUGCUCGCGUGAGGAGUUGGCAAGGCUGCCCAUCUUCACCGACCUCGAGGAGGCAAUGUUGGACAAUGUGAGGGCCAAGAUCAAGUCCGACAAGGAGGCUGAGUAUGCUGGCAUCAAACGCUCAGUCAGCUACAUGGAGUUUGACGUGCGCGAGCAUGGUCAUGAUUUGGUGAGCUUGAAGUGUCAGCUCGCGAGCGCCCUUCAGCGCAUCCACGAUCUCGAGCGUAUCCACUUGGACAAGAUCGAGGCCGCUCUUUAG